AUGAAUUUCGAUGGCCUCGGCGUUGUCUGGUAUACCUCAUCCAACGCGGACUUUGAAAAGGGUAACACUGGCGAGAGCAGUGAUGGCAACCAGAGAGAAGGCUUGCGACCGGCCAUGUACAAGACCAUUCAGCCUCCACACAACGAUACCAACUUCCUCUCGAUAUGCGCCAACACCGAGUCUCGUGUAUGCUUUGGCCACAUACGUGCCUCAUCGGGGACUGCAAUUGCUCAAGUCAACAAUCAUCCCUUUGUGUUCGGCAGACAUACGUUCAUGCACAACGGAGCAGCCAGCAAUUUCCAACAGAUCAAGCGAGCUGUCGUGAACGAGAUGAGCGAGGCCGCGUAUGCAAAUGUUUUGGGAGGGACGGAUUCUGAACACAUCGCUGCACUGUACAUGACUUACUUGACCAAAGGUGGUGAUGCCUCUUCGUUCGAAAAUGUGUAUCCAGGAGACGAAAUGGUUCAAKCGAUGCACAGAGCGGUAGCGACAAUUGUUGGCUUGCAGCACAAGCUGCUCGGUGACGAUAAGAAGCCAAACAGCCUGAACCUCUGUGCAACAGAUGGGUUAUCGCUAGUUGCUUAUCGCUUCCGAAACCAUCAGACAUCGCAACCGCCGAGCUUAUACUACAGCACCAAGGCCGGUAUGACUCUCAACCGAAAGUAUCCAGAUAAUGCAGAUGGUGCCCACGUUCCGGGACGCGAAAUUGGUUUGCCUGAGGAAUCGCAUGGAGAACAUCUGAUCGUUGCUUCGGAGCCGRGCACAUACAAUGCGGAGGACUGGACACUCAUCGGCAAGAACGCCUACUUGCUUGCUGGCCCGAAUGGCGUCUUCGAAGUUCAGAACGCGCCGUACGGAUUUGGUUGGGAUGCCAAAGAUUGA